UUUUUCCGGAUCGCACAAAAAUAUCUAAUAUUAUUGAAUAUUUUGUUUUAAACAAUUGGUGAAAAUAAAUAAUGAAAAUUCAUAAUCCAUAUCUUCGUAUAUUUAUUCGUUUACAUGGAACAACCGGCACACAGUUAUCACCAAUACUUUGGAAUGAUUGGCAUUCAAUCAUCAAAUUUAUGAUCAACAUUUCAUUGAAUAUUAUUACUUAUUUUGGAAUAUUUAUCAAUUCACCGGUUGCUGAUCAAUUACUGACAGAAACUGAAGCAAAUAGCCUGUUCAGAUAUUUUCAAAAAGCCAAUUUCUAUGCAUUUUAUCCAUUAAUUUAUGCCGGUUCAAUUGUUAGUUAUUUGAUAUAUGGUCAUCAUAUUAUUGCCGCACUUGAUUCAAGUGCAUUCAUCAAAGUUUACAAUUAUAAACGAAAUCGUUAUAAAGCUAUAUUUAUAUUUUUGUUCAUUUUUCUUUUCUGGCAACAAAGAUUCAUCCUUCGUGAAUAUCGUCAUCUAUCUAAGUCAUCAUUUAUAAUUCGAUUUCGAACAAUAGAAUUAAUGGUCGGAAUAUAUAUCUAUCAUGCUACGCAAAUGACUAAUUGGUAUUUACUUUUUUACUAUCAACUGGUUACCUUUUUCACUCUCAAACAAAUUGUCAGAAAAUUAUGGUCGAAUAAAUCGAUGUUUCGACGGCCCGGUAAAGGAAUGACAAAUAGUUUUUCAAUUGAUCAACGAUUAUUUCGCUCAAUAAUUUUGUUAUCCGAACAAAGUCGUCAUCUGCAAUAUUAUUUUUCUUACAUAAUGUUAUUCCUUUUAAUUGAUUUAUCCGAUUCUAUUAUUGGUAAUUUAUCUUUUGUUAUGAUGGAAUCAUUUGGUACCGGUAUCGGUUGGUUGUCAUUAUAUGAACAAAGUACUCGUUGGUUAUUAUUAUUAGCAUUGAUCGAAUUGAAUCGUCAAAAUGUUCAACUUUUCAAUCAUAUUGAUCAUCAUUUUAUACGGAAAUUUACCGCCAUACAAAUCAUGAUGAAAAUCAAUCGUCACCAUAAUGAUGAUAAUGAAGUAGCACGUUAUACAAAAUAUAAUCAACUAAAAAUAUAUCGACAAUAUUAUUCAUUAUCAUUAUUCAAUUGGUUAAAUGUUGACUAUUCAUUAUUGAUUAGUAUAUUUUUCUUUUCAUUUGGUUAUGUAAUGUUAAUUUCACAAACAACAAAAAUCAAUUGA